UAGCGAGGCGGAGCGCUUUUUCAUUGGUUUAUAACCGCGAACACCGCCAACAUGUGCUAUGUAUUCGACUGAUAACACCUUAAAAAUUACACAGCCAAGACUGUGAGGCAUUUGACUAAUAUCAGCUGUUUGUUUAUUCGACAGUAAUUCCGACCAUACUGGUGCGCAUUCAGGUAUUACAUUCGCGCGUUACAAGGUGUUUACCAAUUUACACACGUGUAUUUUUUAAACCAUUUUCCAUUUUUAUCUCUUGAAAAAAAAAAUAAUAAUAAAUAAAUAAAAUAAUGAUUUAAACGAUUAAAACAUUAUUGUUUCGUCUUUAACGAGAAGUAGUUUUGCGAAUAUGAGUGCGAAUAAAUUAAUUAUACCGGGCGUCAAUAACGAAGGCCAUAUAAAAAGGCCUAUGAACGCUUUUAUGGUUUGGUCGCGAGGUCAAAGGCGUAAAAUGGCUCAAGAAAAUCCAAAGAUGCAUAAUUCGGAAAUUUCAAAACGGCUCGGAGCGGAAUGGAAAUUACUAACUGAGAUGGAAAAGAGACCUUUUAUCGACGAAGCUAAAAGAUUAAGGGCUUUGCACAUGAAAGAGCACCCGGACUAUAAAUACCGUCCACGACGAAAACCGAAGCCACUUCUGCAGCAAAAAAAGGAAACCAAAUAUAACGAUUGUCCGGUAGAUAACGUAUCGUUUGCACGCAAUCCUUUCUUCCCACCUCACCAUUCGUUCAGCGAAACGGACUUCAAACUUUCCAGAGCUCUGUUCUCAUCUCUACACUACCCAUUUUAUCAAUCAGCGGCCAAGUUCCACCCUUCGGACGCCAGCAAUUGCAAAAUAUCCACCGAUUUCACGCUGCAAGCUUUAUACGGUACGUCGUAUUAUUCGCAAGCUGCUGCAGCCGCUGUUGCCGCGUCUUGGCCAUCUAUACCAACGACCCAUUGCGGCGUCUCAUGUAUAAAUUGCACCUCAUCGUCGCCGGGCGACGAAGUCUGCAGAAAGUCGUCUCCAUCGCCGGACAGAUUAUCCGAAAGUUCUACCUUGAAAAGACCUAUAGCUUGUUUGGUGAUGAAACAGCGUGAAAAUGGGUUCUCGCCUCCGGCAUCGCACGUUAUAUGAAAACCACUCCCGGUUCUCCCCGCAGAAUCCACGGUCACGCGGGAGAACUUGGGUUCGUCAACAUUCUGGCCGAGCAACUUUUCGCAGUAUUGGUCAACACCGCCUUUGUCGUUCGCUACCGCAGCAGCCGCCGCCGGAUUACAAUCGUCCUUACAUGAUACUCAUAAUCAGCAAACGUCGCCUACGGAUUUGAGUAAUUCGUAAGAGCUGGUAAGUGUAGUAUGUAUUGGGUGCCCUUUUAAUGUGGAGGCACGAUAUCGACAAUCAAAAUCUGGUUUGGUGUGAUCUGCUCGGUGUAUUGGUGUCAAAAAAAGAGGGCUUUGCAAAUUGAAAAACCACAUAUCAGCGAUCGAUGUUUUUAAGGGGAGAAAAAGGACAAUAAUUGACUACUAUUUGAUCAAAGAAGGGAAGAGGAUGUCGGGGAAUUCAUAGUUUAUUGUAGAAUGACAAGCAACAUGAAUCUGGGGUCAAAACUAAGGCAAAAUUUUUCUGCAUAAAAAACUUUCGAGAACGAUUACGAUUCAAUUAAAAAACAAAAGAAAGAAGCCAUAAAACAAAAAAAAUGCAAUAAAAGAGAAAAAUGAUACCAAAGAAGAACUGAAACGAUAUCAAGUAAGCAUUCGCAAGAGGCCUCAAUUUUUCAAAAAAUGUAAAAAAUUGUAUAAGUUGCCAAAAACGUUUCUGUUUAAACAAAAUUUUAAGGGUUUUUUCUUUUUGUUGUAAAUUAAAAAUGGCUGACUUUUUUUUAGAAACAAAUCAUAAAGUUACACUUUUUUUCAGUAGCAUCGGUAUUCAAAAAAAAAAUUCUCAAACAAUUUUUUUUCCAAAAAACCCAUAAUUUUUGACCCAAGCAAUAAAGAAAAAAAACUUACAAUUUCAUUAGGUAGAAACUUUUUCUCAAAUUUUUAUAAUUUAUGCAUUUUUUCCAAACAUUGAAGAAUUUUGAGCUUUCAGAAGAUACUUACGUGAUUAUAAUCAAAAUUAUUUUUUUUAAAUUUCUAAUAAGUAUGCUCUUCAGUCCUCAAGAGACAUUUUUUCGCAGUAUAGGAAUUCUCAAAAACUUAAUUUCGUUAUUUUCGACUCACCUUACCUGUAUAAGUUAGAAUUCCUCUACUUUCACUUUUUCAAAUUGAGAGAGCAAUUAAGUCGCCAGAUUUAAAUCUUGAAAGUCAGGAGAAUGUACGUGAGCUCCAUAAAGUGGACUUGAUGAUGUUAAAAUGCGCGUAAAUGAAUGUUACUUGCUUAUAUUAGUGAUUUUCAACAUGAAAAGUUGUCCAACAAAUUGAAAAACAGAACAAAAAAGGGACAAUUUCUCAAAUUUUAUUUGAAAGGAAGGAGGAAGGGAUUCAAUUAUUACUAUCAAUUUUUUUCACUACUUAAGAAAGCAUUUCGAUUUUUUUUUUCAAUUCAAAAUUUUCAGAUUUCUGAUCUUUUCUCCCAAAUUUAUCAUCACUUGAGAGAAAAUUUUCAGAAAAAUUUACAAAAUAAAGGAAGAAUAAUUUGAAAAAUUCAAAAAUUGUCGAUUUAAAAUAUUUUUUAAAAAAAGUCAUUUUCCCAAAAAUACCGCAAUAUUUUUCAGAAAGGGAGUCGCAAAAUUUGGGUUCCAUUGAAAAAUAGAAAAAAAGACGAAAGCAGGACAAUUUCUCAAAUUUUAUUCGAAUGGAAGGGGAGGGGUUCAAUAAUAUUACAAUUGAUUUUUUCACUAAUUCUAAGUACUUACUUACGAAAGAAUUUCAAUUUUCUUCAAUUCAAAAUUUUCAGAUGUUAAAAUCCUUUCUUCAAAAUUUAUCACCCCUUGAAAGAAAAUUUUUGGAAAUUCAAAUUUUCAAAAUAUGGGCAGAAUAAAUGGGAAAUUCAAAAAUGUUUGAUUUAAAAUUUAAAAAAACAAGUCAUUUCCACAAAAAUACCUCAUUAUUUUUCAGAAGAGGAAGUCUCAACAUUUUUGUUCCACGAUUCCACGAUUAAAAAAUAGAAAAGAGUGAGUAGGUACGAAAUGUCAACAUCACCAUUUCACGAGUUAAGUGGAGUACCAGUAUUGGGAACCUCGGGAAGGUACAGUCUAUGUCUAUUACAUUUUUGAGCCUUCAUUCGUCUCUUAUCUCUUUCAAAUGGAAAAUCAGGAGUUGAAACAGGUGACAAAAUAAUUUUCAAUUCAGUUUUAUAAAAAUAUGAAGGAAAUUUCGAAAUUGGUGGAAGAAUGUGGGAUCCAUUUUCGAUCACACAAUACAGCUCAUGUCAGUUGAAUUAUUGAAAGCAAAUCGCAAGUGAUUUUCUUGGCAUAAUUCUUCUACUACAUAUUUUACAGAUUCUAAAUCCCGGUUUGCCCUGCUGCUUCCAUAUUUCUGAAAUUUUCAUAAAAAUGAAAUUUUUCUUCCGAAUUUCAUUAAUUUUCGAAAUUUAAAUUAGAAAGUUGAACUCAGAGAGUCACUGAAACACUGAGAAAUACCGAAUGGGGCGAUUGCAGGUCAAUAUUUCAAAAACAGUACCCGCCCUCUUACCCCUCACAUACCAAGAUUUUUUUUUAUUGGACUUUUGUAAACGUAGAAAAUGUAAAAGGAACAAAAAUCUCUCACACCUUUACACGUUCAAACACGCCAAUCUACCAAUAUCGAAAAAAAAAACUUCAAGGAUUCACGAGCAGGUCAAUUACACCACAUACCACUUGUAAAAUAGACACACUGAAAAUCCUAAAAAUCGAUCUCAAAACCUACAUACGUUUUUUUUUAUUACCAUACAUCGUAAAAAUACCCGAGCAAUCGAUAUAUUUAUCAUUUUUUUCACGACAUAAUUACCAACAAUUACCUAAAAUUCCAAAGAAACAGUUACAUAAUUAGUGUUGUAAAUUUUAAGUAGGAUUUAAAAAAAAACAUAGAAAGGUAUAAAUAAAUGUACAUUUAUUUCAAGUGCAAUUUGUCUAUAUUUGAAUCGCUAUUCCUACAGCAAUAUUUUGUGUAUGCUUUUACAAAUAUAGUAAUUAAUAUUUUGUAUGUAACUAUAGUUAUAAAAGUAUAAUUUAUUUGUUAAAUAAUGAUUGUAGAUUUAGUAUUUCGUAGAUUUUGUUUUCUUGUUACGUAUAUUUUGUUUCAAUUUUCGAUUGUAUUUAUUAUUUUUUUUUUUCGCGGGGGGUAUUAUUAUAUUUUGUUUUUUUCCAUGAAUUAUAAAUACGGUAAUUGGUUCGAAA